AUGGCGUCCCCUCCUAUGAAAAGUUUCGUCUCAUUCACCGAAGCAUGGCACAACAGGCCUUACUCGGCCAUCUCGCCCACAAGGCCGGAGGUUUCGGCAGCUGGGAAGAACGUCGUCAUCACGGGCGGAGGAACGGGCAUCGGACAGGCCGCUGCCAUUGCCUUUGCCCAAGCCGGCGCCAAAUCGGUUUCCAUCAUAGGGCGUCGGGUCGACCGCCUCCAGACCGCCGGGGCGGCAAUCGCAAAAGCCAACCCUUCGACUCAUGUGGUCCUGCAGACGGGCGACGUCGCCGAUCGCACGUCCAUCGAGGCCGCCCUGGGUGCCAUUGUGGCGAAAAUCGACGGCAAGAUUGACAUAUUCCUCAACAACGCCGGUAUUCUUCCAAAGGAGGGUACGGUCAUCGACUACCCCGAGUCCGAGGUCCGGCGAUCUUUCGAGAUCAACCUCUUGGGCUCUUUCAACUCCCUACAGGCGUUUACCCCACUGGCGGCUCCCGGCGCAAAGCUCCUCAACACGGGAUCUUCCAUCGGUCACUGGUCUCCUCUUCCAGAAGUGCCAGGAGUGUGGGCUUACGCAGCCACAAAGGCAGCGGCAUUGAAGAUGAUCGAGUAUUAUGCUUCCGAAAAUCCGAAGGUCCACUUGCCCGCACACUUUCUCGUGUGGAUUGCGUCGGAUGAAGCUGCAUUUCUGAGGAACAAAUUCGUCUGGGCGAAUUGGGAUGUGGAAGAACUCAAGGCUCGGGCGGAAGAGAUCCAGACAUCAUCUCUUCUGAGGGUAGCUCUGAAUGGCGUCGACAUGUAG